AUGUCUCUGCAGGUCGAGGAUACCAGAAGAACUCGGUCGCGCUCUCCAGGCCGGCGCGACCGCAGCCGCAGUAGAAGCCGUGGCCCUCCCUUGGUCGUCGAGACCGACCCAUACGGCGACAGGGAGAGGGAGCGUGCGUACGAGCACGAGGAGCGCCGCUAUCAGGCGCCCCCCUCACCCAGCGACGAUGCCUACUACCGCCGCCCGAGGAGCCCAGCCGUCGAGAACGGCGCGCGGACCUCGUACGGCGACCUGAGAUACGAUGGCGACUACCGCAGGGAUGGUCCCAGGGAAAGGCACUCCGACUCGGACAGGGAGCGCGACAAGGAGCGCGACAAGGAGCGCGACAAGGAGCGCGACCGUGCCGGGCUGAUGGACGCCUUCCUGCCGCAGAAGUACGCCAAGAAGCUCGAGAACUCGGACGCCUACAACUACAUGACCGCCCCCAUCUCCGACAAGUCGAGGGAGCGGUCGCGCGACCGCCGCGCCCAGAAGAAGGAGAAGCUCGAGGAGGACCUCGCCUACGGCAAGCUUCACUCCCCGCCCACAAAGGACGCCCGCCCCGUGUCUCCGCGUCCUCCGGCCUCCCCGCGCCACUCGCCCUCGCCCUCGUAUGAGUACGCCAAGCCGCCCCAGUGGGAGUAUGAGAGGGACGAGAAGCUGUCCUCGUACACCUCCCGGGACCCACGGCACAGCUCGGAUGCCCUCGGUGUCGGCCACGGCCAUGGCAGCUCCUCGCGCACGCGCAGCCGGAGCCCCGCGCCGGGCCACCGGGACAGGGACCGCGAGAGGAAGUCCCACUCGCACCGGGACUCGCUCACCGUCGACCCGCGCGGCUCGUCGGCCAGCGUCGUCGCGGUCGAGCCGGGCGAGGCGCCGCGCAAGAGCGCCAUGAAGCGGUCCUCGUCGCCGCAGCCGCCCGUCAACAGGAUGUCAUCGCUCUCCGUGUCGACCCCGUACCACCCGGGCGCGGGCGGCCUGUCCGUGUCGGCCGCGCCGGCGUCGCCGCUGCUCGAGUCGUACCACGGGACCUACCAGCAGUCGUCGCCGAUGCCAUCGCCCCUGCUGUUACCGACCCACUACGGCCCAGGCGACGCGCAAGUCAUGGACGUCUCCCCGAUCGGGUCCGAGGACGAGCGCAGCGGCAAGAGGCGGUCGCGACGGGCGCGUUUCGCAGACCCGCAGGACGACGCGCAGCGGCUGGCAGACGCUCUCAAGGGGAGCAAGCCGCCGCGGACGGAGCCCCUGAUCGAGAUCCUGCCCGGCAUGACGCAUGAGCAGGUGAUGGACCUGCGGGCCGAGUACAAGCGGCUGGUCAAGACGGGCCCGGAGCGCAAGGGCGUCAACGUGGCCAAGCACGUGCGCGUGCGCCUCAAGGACGAGGACCCGUCGCUCAUGAAGGCGUGCUACGCGACGGCGCUGGGACGGUGGGAGUCGGAGGCGUACUGGAGCAGCUUCUGGUACCAGGGCGACAAGACGCGGCGCGAGCUGCUGAUCGAGAGCCUCAUGGGGCGCACCAACGACGAGGUGCACGAGAUCAAGGAUUCCUUCACCGACAAGAAGUACGGCGACAGCCUCACGCGCUGCAUGAAGCAGGAGCUCAAGGAGGACAAGUUCAAGAGGGCCGUGUUGAUGGUGCUGGAAGAGCAGAGGAUGGAGGACUUCGACCGCCAUGGCCGCCCGCUGGAAAUCGAUUACGACCUGGUCAGGAGCGACGUGCACACCCUCCACAAGGCCGUCAAGGCCGAAAAGGGCGGCGAGAGCGCCAUGAUCGGCAUCGUCGUCAUGCGCAGCGACGCCCACCUGCGGGAGAUCCUGCGGGAGUACAGCGAGGAGCACCGCGCCAACUUUGCGAGGGACGCGCUGAAGAAGAGCGGGAACCUGGUGGGCGAGCUCCUCGCACAUAUCCUCAACGGCGUGAUCAACAAGCCGGUGCGCGACGCGCUGCUGGUGCACCACGCGCUGACGGCGUCCAAGAAGGACGGCCUGCGGCGCGAGCUACUGACGUCGCGGCUGGUGCGCUUCCACUGGGACCGGCACCACAUGGCCGCCGUCAAGCGGGCGUACACCGAGCGCUACGGCAAGGACAUGAUGGAAGCCGUCCGGGACGGCACCUCCGGGGAGUGGGGUCAGUUCUGCCAGGAGCUGUGUAUUUCGCGGAUGCCCGACGACGUCAAGAGGGUGGAGAGGAUCCAACUGUCGAGGUAA